UACUGUAUUAAAAAAUUAGAUGGUAUCUAUAUAAGUCUCCAAGUAGGGGACCUGAUGAAUAGGCUUUAUUUGAGCAAAUGACCGUACACUUCACGUAAACGUUUGUCCCCAGAUUCACUGCUAAAAUCAGCAGCAGAAAAAUAGCAGUUUGAAUGCAUAUCAAUUUAUAAGAGCUUCUGGUAAAAUUUACAAUUCUUUUUUCUCUUCCAUACUUGUUGUCUCUCAUUCAAAUAAGACUGGCAUAGCUACUUUAUGAGGGUAAGUCUCCCUGAAUUUUAAGUUCCGAAGAUCUCUGGACCUGAUCAUAUUGACCUUAUUCCAUGGGAUCAGCUCAUCAUGGCCAAUUCCUCUUCCAUCACUGAGUUCCUACUGCUGGGCUUCUCCAGCCUUGGAGAAUUGCAGCUUGUCCUCUUUGUGGUCUUUCUCUGCCUCUAUUUGAUUAUCUUGAGUGGAAACGUCAUCAUCAUAUCAGUCAUUCACUUGGAUCACAGCCUCCACACACCCAUGUACUUCUUUCUAGGUAUUCUUUCUAUCUCCGAAAUCUUCUACACAAUUGUUAUCCUGCCCAAGAUGCUUAUCAACCUAUUCUCUGUACUGAGGACACUCUCUUUUGUGAGUUGUGCCACCCAGAUGUUCUUCUUUCUUGGUUUUGCUGUCACUAACUGCCUGCUUUUGGGAGUGAUGGGUUAUGAUCGUUAUGCUGCCAUCUGCCAGCCUUUGCACUACGCUGUUCUCAUGAGCUGGAGGGUAUGUGGACAACUGGUAGCAACUUGUAUUAUUAGUGGCUUCCUAAUAUCUCUGGUGGGAACAACUUUGGUCUUUAGCCUCCCUUUCUGUGGCUCCAACAAGGUCAACCACUACUUUUGUGAUAUUUCCCCAAUUAUCCGUCUCGCCUCUGCCGACAGCUACAUCAAUGAACUGGUCAUCUUCAUCUUUGGGGUCUUGGUGCUUGUUGUGCCCUUGAUAUUUAUCUGCAUUUCUUAUGGCUUCAUUGUCCAUACCAUCCUGAAGAUUCCAUCAGCUGAAGGCAAGCAAAAAGCCUUCUCCACCUGUGCUUCCCAUCUCAUUGUAGUCAUUGUUCAUUAUGGUUGUGCUUCCUUUGUCUACCUGCGACCCUCAGCCAAAUAUACAUCAGGCAAAGAUAGGCUGGUGACAGUGACCUAUACCAUCAUCACCCCGCUUUUAAAUCCCAUGGUAUACAGUCUCAGGAACAAAGAUGUGCAGCUGGCUAUUCGGAAACUGAUUGGAAAGUCUGGGUUUUCUCUUAAGAGUUUAUAAUCAGAACACUUUCUAACAGUAUGGACAACAUUAGACCAAUUGU